AAUUCUCCCCCCAUUUUCAAAAAAUCCGACCGUUGGAAUCCCUAACGUCUAAUUGCUUUCUCCUUUUCACCAUCAAAAUCCCAAUUUUUCUCCCCCAUAUUCAGCGAGAACCCUUCGCUUCCUCGCAUUAGAAUCCGAGCCCUAACUAUCCUUUUUGGUCCUCCUCCUCGAUUCUUCGAAGCAAAGUUGGAAUCUUGCGAAGGGGCUUUACCCAAUGGGAAGCGAAUCCAAGGGUGGAGUUGAUGCUCUUCAGAUUGAUGAGACCUACGAGUUCUGUGCGCCUCGAUUCUUCGAUUUCAUGAACGAGGAGACUGAGGAUGAGGUCAAGAGCGCCGAGCUCUGGUUCGAGAUCUCUCAAAGCUACGCUCCGUCUCCGUUUAUACUGAAGAUUAAAGAAGGGAGGUCCAUCCAAAUUGAUAGCCUCUGCGAUUUUGGAGAUGUGGAGCAAACUGACGAGAAGAAACAAGAUGUUACGACUUGUGCCGAAGAAACAACAAGAGGUGCCCAGAAUUCCAUUGUUGCUGCGGAGGCUGGAGCAGGCGACCGGCAAGAAAUGAAGGAUGGGAAGAUGUCCUUUGAAUUUGCUCCUGAAGUUAGGCCUUGUGACACUAGUCUACCUAUCAAAGGAGAGAAAAGUGCAUCAGAGCCAAUAGAUACAGUGAGCAAGGAACCCUCUUCUUUCGCCUUUCCUAUUCUUCCCUCGUCCAGUAUGGCUUCAGCACCAGCUCGGACUCCUAAAGCAGUAGUUACUACUGCUAAAGGAACGGGACCUAGUAGUUCCAAGAAGCAAGGAGCAUCUGAAGCUUGUACACCCAAACCUCAGAGAGUCCCAUCCAAAGGAGUGGCAGCACCCAACAGCUCAAAAAGCCAAACUGCGAGAAAAAUAGCUAGCAUAAUUAGGCAGCCAUCUGCACUGAAGUUGAAAGAUCAGACACCAUGUGCACAAUCUUCAAAGAGCAUCAAGCCACCAAAAAGUACAAUCAAGUAUCCUGGAAGCACACACGCAAAGAAUAAAACUGACAUUGCUCAAGAGAAUCAAGCCAUUAAAAGGCAAAAGCUUGACGGGGGGAAUUGUAGACAGAUACUCAACGUUAAAACAAGAGUGUUGCAUCAUAAAUCGAAGCCAGAUUCAGCUGGCAGUACAGAUAUAUUUGCUUCAUUGCAUAGAGGCUCUCGGGAAGGCUCAUUGACACAAAAGGAACAACCACCAUUCAUUUCGACUGCAGAGAUGGUUAAUAAGUUUCAGUCAAAGACCAGAGAUAUACAGUUAUCACAAAACAAACCAGGUUGCCAUGAAAGUGUUGCUUCGAUGAUAAAAAACAGACCUAGACUUAAGCUAACAAGGCCAAAGGAACCCGAAUUUGAGACUGCUCAACGGGUUCGUGCAGUUAGGAUUAAGAGUUCGGCAGAGUUGGAGGAAGAGAUGUUAGCGAAGAUUCCCAAGUUUAAAGCUCGCCCUGUAAACAAGAAGAUACUUGAGGCACCUUCACUUCCAUCACUUGUUAGAAGUAUGCCACAGCCACCUGAGUUUAAGGAAUUCCAUCUUAAAACAAUGGAGAGAGCAAACCAACAUGCAGAAACAUCUUCUGUGGCCUCCUCUGUGGAUACUUCUACUACACAGAAUCAAAAUAAGGCAUGUAAACUAACUGAACCAAGACCUCCUCGUCUUGAGACCUCACUACGAGCACGACCUCCAAAGAUCAAGAGUUCUCAGGAAUUGGAGCUAGAGGAGCUUGAAAAGCUACCAAAGUUCAAGGCUAGGCCAUUGAAUAAAAAGAUUCUUGAGAGCAAAGGUGAUCUUGGGUUGUUUCAUAUUCCAAAACCUCAAAUAACAACACCUCAGGAGUUCCAUUUCGCAACUGAUGAGAGGCUGGGUCCCCCAUUACCAGUUACUGAGAUGUUCGAUAAGCUCUCGAUUCAUUCCGAAUCUUCUUCUCGACAUGAGCAGCAAGAGAUUCCUAGGAUUACUGUCCCAAAUCCAUUUCAUCUCCACACAGAGGAGAGGGGACUUGAGAAAGAGAGACAGUUCACAGUCCACAUACUACAGAAACAGCUGGAGGAGGAGAAGGCUCGAGUGCCUAAGGCAAACCCUUAUCCUUACACUACAGACUAUCCAGUGAUACCACCGAAACCUGAACCAAAACGGUGCACAAAGCCUGAGGCUUUCCAAUUGGAGAGUUUGAUACGACACGAAGAAGAGAUGCAGAGAAUAAUGGAAGAAAAGGAGAGGAUGGAGAGAGAAGAAGCACAAAAAAGAUUGUUUAAAGCACAACCAAUAAUGAAAGAGGAUCCUAUUCCUCUUCCAGAAAGAGAAAGAAGGCCUCUCACUGAUGUCCAAGAGUUUGUGCUCCAGGUGGAUCAUAGGGCAGUGGAGAGAUCAGAGUUCGACAAGAAGAUAAAAGACAAAGAACUUAUGUACAAGAGAUUGAGGGAGGAGAAUGAGGCUGCGAAACUGGUUGAAGAAGAGAAGGCAGUAAAGCAAAUGAGAAGGGAAAUGGUGCCUCAUGCAAGGCCUCUGCCCAAGUUCGAUAAUCCGUUCCUUCCACAAAAGUCGACGAAGGAUCUAACAGAAGCGAGAUCGCCGAUGUUACGUGUGAAACAGAGAAAGGAGCAGCGCAAGCACGCAUUUCUAAGAUGACAAGUCAUGUACAAUAUGUUCAAGACUGCUUGAACCAGUCUGAAACUUGUGAUGUAUCAUGUAACAACUCUUGUAUCAAUGUAUUUUUAAAAAUAUCGGCUCUAGUUUCUUGUU